UGGGUGUGGGUGUGGGUGUGGGUGUGGAUGUGGGUGUGGGUGGGUGUGGGUGGGUGUGGGUGGGUGUGGGUGUGGGUGUGGGUGUGGGUGUGGGUGUGGGGUGUGGGUGGGUGUGCGUGUGGGUGUGGGUGUGGGUGCGGGUGUCGGUGUGGGUGGGUGUGGGUGUGGUGUGGGUGUGGGUAUGGGUGGGUGUGGGUGUGGGUGUGGAUUCUCUUCCCACUAACACGCAUAUUGACACACCCACACCCACACCCUUUUUUCGAUCGGACUUUAUUAUCAACAAGAACAGAAGAACAAUUUUCAUCAUAUCAUGGAUCAUAUCUCAAUUAAUGGGCUAAUAGAAAGAUAAAGUCUUAACUAUACACUUUUUAUAGGAACAUGUUUCAUUAACAACAAUAAUAAUGUUGGACCAUGUCCUUCGAAAGCUUGUCACACAACCUGUUGGAGUAAUACCACCGAUUGUCAAUUUCAAUGUUUGGACGAAGUGUUUACGGAUUCAAUUAGUUUAAUCAUUAAAACCUAUUAUUUGAAAUCAAACAUUUUCAAUGACGUUCAAAAUACACAACAAACUCAUCGUAAAUAUCAAGAAAUUCAAAUGAUUGAUUAUAAAUGUGAAUAUCAACGAUGCAAUAGUCAAAAUAACACUGACAAAAUACAUCAGAUCAUCAUGAAAAUUUAUAACAUUUCAUCAGUUCGGCGUCUACUGAAUUAUACUGACGAAGUAUCUCAAACUAUGAUAACUGAUUCAUUAACGAUACAGGACUGGUCAAAAACUUUUACAAAUACUCAUUCGUCAACAAAUCUCGUUUCAUCUUCUUCGGCACCUGCCUAUACGGCAGAAAUAACAAGCAUUGCACCAUUAAUGCCAACAACGACUGUUCUAUUGUCGUCGGUAGAAUUUCAAGAUGAUCCUACUGGCAAGAGUUUAUAUUCGUCAAGUCUGAUUCUAACAGUGUCUAAAAGUCCAAGUGAACAAUCGCGAACACCAACAUACUUUAAUCAAUAUCCGAUGGAAACGACACAAAAACCUCCAUUGGAAACAGCUAAUUUAGAAGUAUCCACUACUGUGAUGCCAAAAAAUAAUUCAAGUCAAAGGUAUCAACAUUUCUUUAUGCAUUACUUUACAUAG